AUGAGGGACAUGGGAGAGAAGAGGAGACAUGGGCACGGCCAUGGCCAUGGCCAUGGACAUGGCCAUCUUGUUGGGUUUGGAGUCGGAGGGGUUGGACAUGCAGAGCAUGAGGAGAAGCGCAUGGAACCGAAGAAGCUGGACAUGAGCAGCAUGUCCAUGGACACCCUGCCACAUCUCACCACGCCCCUUGGCAACAUCACUACCUUGGAUCUCUCCAACAACAACCUACAGAGCAUUCCGGAGUCCAUAAUCGCGAGGCUCCUGAACGUGGUGGUGCUGGACGUGCGGUCCAACCAGCUCAAGUCGCUGCCCAACUCCAUCGGCUGCCUCUCCAAGCUCAAGGUCCUCAACGUCUCCGGCAACCUGCUCCAAGAACUGCCAGCCACCAUCGAGGAAUGCCGUGCGCUGGAGGAGCUGAACGCCAACUUCAACCAGCUGACGAGGCUGCCGGACACGCUGGGCUUCGAGCUCCACGGCCUCCGGCGGCUGUCCGUCAACUCCAACAAGCUGGCGUACCUGCCGUCGUCCACCUCCCACAUGACGGCGCUGCGGUCGCUGGACGCGCGCCUCAACUGCCUGCGCGCGCUGCCCGACGGGCUGGAGAACCUCGGCGGGCUGGAGGCGCUGAACGUGAGCCAGAACUUCCAGUACCUGCGGGAGCUGCCCUACGGCAUCGGCCUCCUCGUCUCGCUCCGGGAGCUGGACGUCAGCUACAACUCCAUCGCCGCGCUGCCGGACUCCAUGGGCUGCCUCACCAAGCUCGCCAGGUUCAGCGCCGUGGGCAACCCGCUGGUGUGCCCGCCCAUGGACGUCGUCGAGCAGAGCCUCGACGCCAUGCGCGCCUACCUCAGCGCGCGGAUGAACGGCACCGCCAAGGCCAAGAAGAAGAGCUGGGUGCCCAAGCUCGUCAAGUACAGCACCUUCUCGGCGGGGAUGAUGACGCCCGGCCGCACCAAGGUGCACGGGAGCAGCUCCGAUGGCCUCCAUAUGUCGGAUUACCGGUCGCUCGACGGCGGCGGCAUUGCGUCGCCGGGGUUCCUCAGCAUGCUGUCGCCCCGGCGUCUCUUCUCGCCCCGGAGAAAUUCGACCAAGCACUAG